AUGGAACAGAUCUUGGACCUUCUGAGCCCAAAGUUAGAGCCUUGUCUGCACGACCAUCCUUCCUCCCCUAUAGGUUCCCAGGCAGGUAAUUCUACUGAACCCAAGACUCAGCCCAAAGAAGAAAACAAUUCAAAUCUCCAGGAGAAGCAAGAGGUCUGCAGACCACAAAGUAUUACUUACGAAAACAUCAGUGGGUCUACUGGUAGCAAGCUUCUGCUGACCUGUCCUAGCUCUUCAUGGGAGAAUUUGAUAAUAGUAACUUGGAAGAUACGACCACGGAAGGGAGCUCACUGCAGCCUGGCCUACAGGGAAGAUACACGCACAGGGAACAGAACAACCUGCAGUGAGAGACUGGACUGGAAGCCUGAACCAGAGCAGAAUUUUACCCUUCAGCUUUCAUCAGUGGAACUCACUGACGAGGGCUUUUACAUCUGUGAAAUCCUAAGCAGUGAUGGGAACUUCCACCGAUGCUACCAUCUGACUGUGUUAGUCCCUCCCGAGGUCACCGUGAAUUGUGACGGAAGUGGCAAUGUGGUGUGCAAAGCAGCUGCAGGGAAACCAGCUGCACAAAUCUCGUGGGUCCCAGAAGUCUGUCACAGCACUAAGGAUGACUCUCACCCCAAUGGGACAGUGACUGUUCUCAGCACAUGCAUAGCUAACGCCACUGCGGACAGUCAAGUAACCUGCUCUUUCUCUCACCCAACGGGAAACCAGAGCCUGUCCAUAGGCUGCCACUCAGGUAAUGAAAUGGGUAAAGUGGGUCUUCUGCGGUGGGUCUUGAUUCUUCCUGGUCUCCUGAGCUUGCUGUUCAUAUUGGCUUUCAUCCACCUGUGCCUGCCCUGUAAUCACAGGUUUUGUCACAGAUCCCAAACUCUGGCAACUGGUCCUCCAGACAGCACUCCAGUAAGAAAGGCAAUAUAAACCAAGAUGACACCACAUUAUGGUCUGUGAGGAGAAAUUGUCGGAUUCUGCUUUCUGGAGCUGUUUUCCAUAAACUGACCACUAGACACUGACAUAUGCAAGACAGAACCAAUCAGUACCAUGAAUUAGCCUUGCAACAUGUGCCUGUGUCAUGGUCCCUGUCUCAGACUAGGAUCCUUGGCAUCCAAAGGCAAUGGGCUUUGCCAAGUCUCUCUCAUUACAUCAGUACAAGCUGUGCUGACAACAGCUGUGAUGCAAAUGGCUCUUGGACAGCCAGCAGGCCAUGGAUGCUAAAAGUCUCUGUCCGUCUCUAUCUGUCUCAAUUCAUUGUUAUAAAAUGAGAAGCAAGUACUGUUAAAUAAGUGUGACAUAAAAAUGAAGGUUACUCCCCUUAUUUCUUAGGGAGUGAGUAAGUUUACAUACACCUGGGGGCCCAAAGUUGGCAACCCAAGACAAUUUUUUUUUUUUUUUACCAACUGCAUUUUUUUUUUUUACUCUCACAUAUUUUUAUAAAAAUGUGUUACAAACUUCAAAUAAAAUCUUUCUGCCAGGAUCUGGACAAGGGCUAGUUUCAAAUUUAUGGCUCUAAUACCAACCAUACUAAAAAGUUUGGUUGGCAGUAAAAAGAUUUGCAACAUAUAGGUGCAUUCCCAUAAGCGUGCAAGUGUGCUUUCCAGUGCCUUUAGCUGUUUGAGGUGCCACAAGCCACACACAGUGCAUGUGCACCCAUGCAACAUGCUAUUAAUUUGCAGCAUGGUGGGGUUUUUUUACAAAAGGAAAUCUUGGUGCCAAAAAAAGCAGCGUGGUGCACAUGGUAGCAACAAGUGCUGCCUUAAACCAGAGCCUGGCUAGCCAGAGCCCAGCUCUGGCUGCUGGUCAGACUCCAAGUGGCCAGCUCUGCACUGAUCAGAAGCCCCACCUUGUCUCUUACAAUGGGAGUCUAGCAGACCUUAUGGACUAAUAUAACUGCUCUGCAGCACAAACCAGCUUGUAUUCAGCUCCAAGUUUAAAAUCUACUACCUCCUCAACCAUGCCAUGUUGAGAUGGCAUGGUUGAGUGGUGGUGGUGGUGGUUUGAGCAUGACAACGACCAGCGGGUAAUACACCACAGUGUGAAUUGGCAAUGUAUUGGGUUGCUUCUCCAUUUCUUUCUUUCUGUAUAAAUGCUAAUUACUGCAGGACACAAUGAGGCCAGUGUGUGUGUGUCUGCUUCUUCCUUUGUCCUGUAGCCUUCUGGGAGCUGUAGUGCAUGCUACAGUUCCUUCUCCCAGGCCCCUGGGGGUGCCUGUCAUGACCCAAUGAUUGUGUGCGCGCUUCGGCACUGCAGAAUUAUUUCCCGCCACAUGGAGCUUUCUUUGCACGGUGCAAUUCUCAGCUGCAGAGAGAAAACCCCGGUGCAAAGGAG